CUCACAGCUUGACAAUGGUUCUGUGUGAGGACGGCGAGUGCAGCGUCUGCCUCCUACCCUACUCGCGGAUGGACAGGGUCCCCCGGGUGCUCCACUGCAGACACACCUUCUGCGAGCCGUGCCUGGAGACGAUUUCUCAGGCCAGGGGCGGGCUGCUCACCGUGGGCUGCCCUUUGUGUCGCCGGGUGACCUGCAUAGGACACGGCCUCAGCCUGCAGGAAGCCCUGUGGGUCAACAGCAGUCUGUGGGAGCAGAUACAAGAGGACGUGGGCGCAGUAGCCGAGGAGGAGGAGAAGGAGGAGGAAGAUGGACUGAAACAAGAAGCUGAGGAGGAAGGGAUGGAGUCCAAACAACAUCCCUCGUUGCAAGCAGAAUGCGCUUCCUCCAGCUCUGCCAGAACAAAGCUCAAACUGCCAGCGUUCUUCAGAAAGUUUAGUUUGACAAAGCAACACCCGGAGAGGAUUGUGCCUGGCAGUAAUGUGGAAAUGAAAUACUGUUAA